AUGUAUAAUAUUGAUUUUACGACUCCUAGAUGGCUUAUAAUUUAUUAUCACUCGGUAUCAUUUACCUCAAUUAUUCUGAACAGUUUGGGAUUCUAUCUAACAACUUUUGAAUGUCAGAAAAUGAAUAAAUAUAGAUAUUACUUACUUUCCUUUCAGAUCUGCUGCACUAUUACAGACACCCACCUGAGUUUUCUCAUGCAGCCCAUCCCAUUUUAUCCGAUUCUAGCUGGCUAUAUCGAAGGAGUUUUGAAAUACGUUUUGGAAUCCCCUGUAGAAAUUGCAAUGGAUAUACUUUUUGUGAUAGUUAUUUUAAACAUUGAAAGUUUUUUCCUAUGCACUCAUUUUAAGCAUCAAUCCUUGGCGACUAUUCUAAUGCAGCAUAUUUUUCCAAAAUGGUAUGACUUAUCCAUUUACAUAAUCUGUGCAGUUGCUCCAAUUAUUGGUGGAAUUUGGUUUUUUCUAUUAAUGCCAACUAAAAAAGAACAGUGGGAGUAUAUAAUUGAGGCAUAUCCCGACUACCUCGACGAUUUCCAAUCCUUGGCGCAUUUUACGAUAUUCCGAAAAUCGAUCGGCAUGAUUUUCUUCUUUCUCUUCUUACUCGGAGGUAUAUCUGGAUUGCUCUUUCUACUCACCUUGUAUCUAAUUGAUAUUUUCCGAAUGAUGAGUAUUUUGAAGACUAAAAUAUCAAAAAGUAACUAUAAAAAGCAUCAUGAUGGUGUUCGAAGUAUUCAAGUUUCCAUUGCAACUUCCGCCGUAGCAGUUAUAUGCCCCUCCUUCAUCGUCGUGAUUGUCCUUUUUGAUGUUGGAAAUGCUCAAUUGCUCACUGAAUUGGCUGUUGCUGUCGUGGGAACUCAUGGAUCAAUUAAUGUUAUUUGUAUGCUUGUGUUCUUUCCACCGUAUCGAGAUUUCAUGAGAAAAUCCUUUAAAAAGAAGAAACACAGGAUCAUUGAAGCAAACUCAGCAGUUGUCACUAUGUGA